AUGAAUUAUGAAGAGGCGUUGAAAAUAGCUGCAAAAGAAGAAGUGGCUUUUUUUGGUUAAUGUUCGAAGUUCAAGGAAAGACCAACUGAUCCAGCUCCAGUUGAUAGAGCAAUACAUUUCCUCUUUUUGAAGGAGAAUAAUGUAGACAGAAAGACAGCUUUACAAUUUGGAAUGCGAAGACUGUGUAAAAUUGAUAGCACUCGACACUUUGAUGGUCCUGCUGAUCACAGAAUCAUGAAGACUAAUAAAUUACUCUCUGGAGCAGUUAAUGGAUGGCAUAAUGGAGCUGCUGAGGCUAAGUUUGAUCUAGGUUCUGGUUAUACUAUUGAUGUUGGCAAACAACAAGACCAUAGUUUUCAUUAGAAAAACAAUUAUCCUAUCGAUUUAAGAGUGUAAACUUAGGAAAGAGAUAAGAUCACUAUGUAAAGAUUUGAGUUCUCUAAGUUCAACACAGAGAGAUUGACGUAAGAAUUAUGUAAAUUAAAAGAGGAAACUCAAUAAAAAAAUAAUCAGCCCAAAUUAUACGUUGAAAUGGCUGGAUAAAAGAUAUUUCAUCUUCUGGAUCAAGACAACCAUAAACCCUCUCUUCUAUAAGAAUUUCAAGCUUUCUCAACAAUCGAAGAUCUAGUGAGAUUGCAUCAAGUCAAAUCACUUGAUAAGAUUGAACCAACCAGUAAUCUUCAAGAAUCAAGUACCUCAAGAUCCAGAUAAAGAGCAAUGACUAAUUUACAAGAUCAAAGACAUAUGCAGUUUUAAAAAAAGAGGUUGUCUGCAUAUACAGGGGAGGACUCUUAAAAAAUAUACAAAAAAUUGUUAAAGCAAUUAAGAUCGGAUGACUAAAUUGUUAUAAGUUCUGGGAAACAUAGAAGAAUACAGUAUGGGCGAUAAAUGAAUCCUCCGAAUACUUCCAGAAGAAAUUCACCGUAGUCUUUCUUCUUCAAUCUUACUAAUAAAUAAACAGUUCCUUCAAAUACCAGCAUUAGCAAUUCGCAAUAAAAUUUUGAUUCCAGUUAUAAAAAACCGCUGAUUCAACGUAGUCCAUAAUUAGAAAAAACAACUGUUUAUUUAGAGUAGAAACUAGAAAACUUUAUUUAACAAAGACUUAUUAUCUAAAAUUCUAAGUCACUAUCUCCAGAAAUAGAUUGUACUAAUUUACAAUUCAAAAAGGAUUUAUUCAAGUAAUUGAAAUAAAAAGAAAUUUAAAGAAUAUCGAAAGUAAGAAUAAAUUCUUAGAGAUGA